AUGGGUUUGCAAUCCCCGCUUUGGCUGUGGACGCACCAACAGAUAACUCGCGACGCCGGCGUACCGAAGGGGCUGCGUAAGGUAAUGCAGCUUGUUGAAUGGAUGCGCCGCCACGGCGCGGAGUCGCGACACAUUGCCAUUCUCGUGCCAUUCUCGUGGAAGGCAAUGUGCCAGCAGGAACUCCAGCAGCACAGUGUUCAGUUGGAGAUGAAGGAGUGCCCGGUUGUUCUCGCCCACCACGAGCUGCCUGCGUUGAAUAAACGAGACAAUACCAAGUACCGGUACCGAGCAGUUCUCUACUUGAUGGAUGCGCUGCCCCGAAAUUUAAGUGUGUCGGCGCCGCUUCUGGCAAGCGAGGAGCUCUUUAUUUCGGAGGCGAUGGGCGCGGCGAUGGAUGCGUUUGUGCUGUGUGCCGAUGCGGGGUGGAUGGCGCCUCAGCUGCAGGCGAAGUGGUACAAGAUCUUCGUCACCAAGCUAGAAGACGUCCGCGCGGUCAUCUCUUUCGACGCCACUACGACGACGCAGGCGGCCAUGGAUGCGGCCUCCGCGUACUUCCCCUCACUUGUAGGCCCCACGAUCCCUCUGUGCUGCAGCAGGCACCCGAACCAGCGGCAGCUCGAGUAUGGUCUUACGCGCAUCGAGCCCUGUUGUAAGCAUUUCUGCCUGCGCUCGUACACAUGCGGUCGCCCUGACCACGUGUGCACGCGCACCUGUCACUAUGGGGAGGACCAUCUGACGUGCUCGUACGCCUGCGGUGCCACCCUCCCCUGCGGCCACCAGUGCCUUCUGGAGUGCGGAGCUCCAUGUAACUGCUUCGAGGUGGUCGAGGUGCCGCUGACAUGCUCGCAUGAAAAGCUACUCGGGAUGAAUAAGGAAACACUCGAGCCCAUUUACGGUGUGGUGCGCCACGUCUACAAAGGCGUGUGCCGCGACGCCGAGCUGCCGUGCGCCGUGUCGUACGAGACGGAGUGCGCGCGGUGCCUCGGUGUCUUCGCGGUGUCGUGCUUUGAGGCACAGGAGCAAGGCCACUCGCUAGCUCAUAAAACGCUGAUCUGUGCAGCGUGCAAGCGCGGCGAACGCGAACUGCGGGCGAAGCUUCUAGGCGAGUUGCUUGCUGGUGUCGAGUCGCAGAAGAAAAAGGUUAAGGCGGAGCUUCAGCGGUCACUGCACCACCAGCGCAAAGCGGCAGCGCAGGGCCUUUUUCGGCCCGGCACCCGCGUGGAGAUCGUCGACGCGACAAAGUGCGUGCCGCCGCUCUUCGCCGAGGAUGACUUUCCCGGCCUGGAAUUUGUGGACAUGGAGGAGCCUACUUUCUUCCAGGAGAUGGAGGGAGCCUACGGCACCUUUGUCAGCAAUCAUGUCGAUGUGAUGGACCGCAGCGAGGUGCGUAACCUUGUUCGGCUGCCUAGCGGCAAGCAUGUGUUGGUGACAGAUGGCGGGCUGCGCAUGAUACAGGCCCUGACAAGCAACAUAACGCAAGCUGCGCCGCUCAUGCUGACGUUCAAGGGAAGAGAGGACAGCGCUGUGGAUGGGGCUGCGCUGGACAGCGCCGAGUUCGCGGCCGCCAAAAUGAUGCUGAACGGCGUGUAUUACCUCUCUCAGCCGGUCGCAUGUGAUGAGGUGGCGGGGGCAGAGGCGCUCACGGACAAGGUCGUGCGCGUCGUGGAGCUUGACCCGCUGUCUUCCAAGAACGUUGUGGUGGAGUGUGAGCUUCAUCGCGUCUUCGAGCGCCCCCAAGCGGAAAUAGGUGAUGUGCACAGCGAGUCCGCUCCUACGGGCAGUAGGGUGACAGACUCAUUGAACGGGAUCCCAAAGCGGCGCCGCCUUGAGCUGGGCGCGGUGGAUGUGUCCCGGUACGAGUGCACCGAGCAGGUGGUGCGCCUUUCCGUUCCCAUUGCAACGCUGGAGCCGAUGCCUGGUAUGGUGGCAGACAAGUAUGUGUUCGUCAGCUCCCCGGAGAGGCAAGUGCGCAACCCGCACGAUAUGGUGAAGAUCGAAGCGAUGCUGCGCAGUCUCAGUGGGCUGUCCUUGCCCACUGAUACGCACGUGACAGCAGCACCAAUCGACCCUGAUACCCCGUACUCUCUUUUGAAGGUGGUGAACCCUCCCAUGAACUGCGAGGCGGUGCGCAGUCCUUGCGCAGUGCUAAAGUACAAUGAUCCUCGUGUGUUGGUUCGUACUAACCUCGACAAGUUCCCGCACCGUCGUGGCGGCGGCACCCGCCACAAUGGAGACUGCGGUGCACCCCACCGCGGAUUUGGCGUGCCGUCGGCCGCCGCUGCCUCUGCGCUACUCGUGGUGGUUCCUUUUGUGUUCACGGUGGCCGAUGAACUGACGGAGGCGGAGGGGGCGCUGGAUGCGGCGGCUCAGAAAAUUUUUGAGCAGCGCCUGCAGGCGGAGCUGACGACCUCAAGCGAGGAGCUUGCCUUGCGCCAUGAAGAGGAGGCUUUCCACGCACUACAGCAGAUGCCGGAGGUCACCACGGCGGCGAUGGCCGCUGACCUACACGCCUACAGCAUUCCGAUACCACUGCCAACCGCCGCCAAAGUGGCAGCAGCCCGGCAGAAAGCAAUGGAGCUGCCGGUAGGGACACCCAUCUCUAGUCGGCUUGCGCACGCCAAGGACAGGCUCCUCUGCAAGCAAGAGAUGAUGCAACUGCCGCAGUGGGUGACGGCAAUGACGGAGCGAGCUUACAAAGAAAGAGAUUCGGACGCGCAGCAUAUCAAGUACAUUCACUCCUUGUGUCGAUGA